AUGAAGAUUAAAUAUAUAAAAUCUUAAAAAGAGAUUCAUUAAUAUUGUUAACAAAUCCAAAUAAAAAUCAAUCAAUUUAAGAAGUAAAAUUUUUGUAAUUAAUUCUCUCAGACUGCUACUCUAGUUAUUGUUAUUAAAGUUGUAAUAAAUUCUAAAUUAAUUGAUUUAAGUGUUCAAGUUAAGGAACAAAUGAAAGUCUUAUAAAUUAAACCUGAAACAUUUAGAAUAGAAAAAGAGAUUCCAUUAAAUGUUGCAAAAGUAUAAGAAAUUAAUGAAGAACCCAUUUUUUUCACUUUAUAAACUGAUUAAUAGAUCAAAUAUUUAAUAGAUACUAUAAGAUAAUAAUUGGCUUCUCAUUUACCUUAACUUAUUGAUUCAUAUACUGCUAAAUAUUUUGAAGAAUUUUUUCAUAGACUUCAAUUAUUUGAAAUUCUUAGGAGUAAUAUUAUAAGGAAUGAGAAAGCCUUAAAACAUAUUAGUUUUGUUAUUCCUUGUAUUCUACAUUUAACAGAUUAAGAAAGGACUAGAAUUUUCAAUGCCAAUAAUAGUAUAGAGAGAUUGAUUUAAAUCUCUUAAGUAUUGUAAAGAUUUUAAAAUAUAACAAAUCCAUUAAUGGUUUUCAAAAUUCCAGGAGAUAAAGAAAGAAUUAAUAAUAAAACUGAAUUAAUAAUCAUAGUGCUAUUAUUAUUAUUUGCAUUUUAUUACAGAGUCAUUGGAAUCUGA